AUGGCAACCACCACACUCUUCAUUAUUUCCCUGCUGCACACUUGGAUGAACUGCAUCAGCACAAGCCACAUAAUGAAGCCCUCAACACUGCCAAAAUUCACUGCAAUUUUCAUCUUUGGUGAUUCAACAGUGGAAACGGUAACAAAAACUACAUCAACACAUAUCUUAAGGCCAAUUAUCGCCCAUAUGGCCAACAUUUUUCCGUCACAUUCCUACAGGGAGUUUUCAAAUGGAAAACUUGUUCCUGACUAUUUGGCUUCCUCUCAGGGGAUCAAAGACACAAUCCCUCCUUUCCUGAAUCCGAAUCUAUCAGAUAAUGAUCUUCGUACAGGUGUUAACUUUACAUCCGCUGGAUCAGGAUACGAUGAUUUAACUAGCAAACUAUCUAGUUCUAUCCCCUUGUCCGGGCAAAUUGAGCUAUUUAGGUGUUACCUAGAGAAGCUUGAGGGAACUGUGGGUGAAGAAAAGGCUAAGACGAUGAUUGGUGGGGCUGUGGUGCAAAGUAUAAAAAAAAUUGUCACGGUAAAUACAAUUCUCUCUGAUCUUUACUUACAAGAUACAUGUUCACCAAACAAAUACUUGGAACUAUUUACUGAUACAGAAAAGUCUACAUAUAGGAACUGUAUGAUCUUGGAUUCCGAAACAUGUUCCAUUUCACAUGAUCAAGCUUGGAAAUCCCUUGAAGAGGAUGCCCGGAAGAUCAAAAUUCGGUUGCACAAGAUUAUAAUGGCAAGCUUGAGAACGCAAAUUAAGCUUCUAACCUCCGAGUCACAAAUGGAGCAACCUUACAGAUUUGAGGUAACAGACAGAUCAGGGUGCUUUGGGACAGGACUUGUGGAGGCUUCAUUCUUGUGCAAUCCUUUGACUCCAACGUGUGAAAAUGCUUCAUAG